UUUUAUUGGCUUCCGCCAUUGCUUGCUGCUGGCGUUUGGCGUAAUUGGCGGCUGCUGUCUUUGUUCAAUUCUAAUUCGGAUAGUUGAGUUUGUUACUACGCAAAUUACAAAUAUAAAAUGGAUGAUGAAUGGGAUGAUUGCUGUGCUGAUGUGGGUGUAGUAUCAAACAACCACUCGAAUAUUGACGAAGGACACAGUCUCUCUAGAGGAAGGGGAUUCCCAUCGUUUAAUGAAAAUGAAUAUGAUGACUGUAAAGUAGGCAGUGAUGACUUUGGAGAACGACGGGGUCGUGGUGGACGAGGCGGGGGCCGCGGUAGAGGAGGGAGGGGCGGACGCGGCGGCGGGCCCGGCAGGGAGCCAAGGGACUAUGAAAAUGGCGACGGUGACGAUAGACGGGAUCGUGGGGAGCGUGGACGCGGGCGAGGCCGCGGGGGGCGCGGUGGUGGCAGAGGUGGUGGCGUCAGUGGAGAUGGCCCAACUGAACUUGGCGAGGAUGGAGAACCUAAGAAGCCCCCAGUCACAUAUGUCCCGCCUGAACCCACAGAGAAUGAACAAGAGAUCUUCAGCAGCACUAUAAGCUCUGGCAUUAACUUUGACAAAUUUGACUGCAUUGCUGUUAAAGUCAGCGGUGAAAAUCCUCCACGCGCUGUCGAAAGCUUCGAGACUGCCAAUCUGCGAAAGUAUGUGGUGGACAACAUUCUCAAGGCUGGGUACAAGAAACCGACGCCUAUUCAAAAACACGCUAUUCCCAUCAUAAUGGGUGGGCGAGAUCUCAUGGGAUGUGCCCAAACUGGAUCUGGAAAGACGGCUGCUUUCCUUCUGCCAAUCAUAAACACACUACUGCAAGAUGAAAGAGAACUUGUUGUGGGACCAGGUGGAUGCGCUCAACCACAAGUCGUCAUAGUGUCACCUACUCGAGAGUUGACACUGCAAAUCUUCAAUGAAGCAAGGAAGUUCUCUUAUGGAUCGAUACUUAAAAUUGCCGUCGCUUACGGUGGAACGGCAGUUCGUCAUCAAGGCGAUAACAUCUCUAGAGGCUGCCACAUCCUCGUGGCUACUCCGGGCCGUCUCCAUGACUUCGUGGACCGCAACCGUGUGUCCUUCGAUAGCAUCCGCUUUGUGGUACUUGAUGAAGCAGAUCGCAUGCUGGAUAUGGGUUUCAUACCCAGUGUUGAAAAAAUGAUGGACCACCCUACCAUGGUCCCGAUUAAAGAAAGACAGACGCUUAUGUUUUCGGCGACAUUCCCAGAAGACAUCCAGCACUUGGCUGGCAGGUUCUUGAACAAUUACUUGUUCGUCGCCGUCGGUAUCGUGGGAGGCGCUAGCACGGAUGUUGAACAAAUAUUCCAUCAAGUCACCAAAUAUGAAAAACAAACAACAUUGAAGAAGCUGAUUGAAGAAAAUGAUGGCAAGCGCAUUCUAGUAUUUGUUGAGACGAAGCGCAACGCAGAUUUCAUAGCAGCGAUGUUAUCUGAGCAACAAAUGUUGACGUCAUCGAUUCACGGUGACCGUAUGCAGCGUGAACGCGAGGAAGCCCUCGACAACUUCAAGAGUGGCAGACAUUGCAUCCUUGUUGCCACUGCUGUAGCUGCCAGAGGACUUGAUAUAAAGAAUGUUGACAUAGUAGUCAACUAUGAUUUGCCAAAGAGUAUUGACGAGUAUGUGCACAGGAUUGGUAGAACCGGUCGUGUGGGCAACAGAGGCAAAGCAGUAUCUUUCUAUGAUGGUGAUCAAGACAUGCAACUAGCGCCUGACUUGGCGAAGAUCCUCAAACAGGCAGAUCAAACUGUACCUGACUUCCUGCAAGGAGGUGGCACUGCCUCUUACAAGGGCAACAAAUAUGGUGGCAGUGAUAUUCGAGACUUCAAUACUGCUGUGUCAGCCGUUGAUCAAGGCCUGGAGCCUGAAGAAGAAUGGUAAAUUUAAGGGACUUCUUGAUAUUACUUUCGCCAGUGCGCGUAUAAACAGUGAUUUUUGUUUAGUUUUCUUUUGGUGCAUGUGAAUAGCCAGUGGCGCUUAUGCGACAAUCUUAAUUACUUCCUGGUGAAGUUAAUCCGAAUUUGUUCCCAGUUUUAGAAAUAGUUAUUACUCUUAAUUUAGCAGGCCUCAUUAUUAUAAGACUGUACAUUAUAAUAAAAAACUAGUAUUAUUCAUGUGUAUGUAAUAAUUUUAAGUUUCCUACGAUUUGAUCAAGCUAUAAUAACAUUAAAUUUUGCAUAAGUUCCAUUGCUAUUAACACAAUUUGUUACACUUGUUAUAAUUCUUCAUUUUAUUAUUUAGCAAUUAAGUUUGUUUCCAUUAUUUUUUUUAGAUAUUUAGUGUUUUUGUUUUUCGUGUGUUGCUUCCAUACCUAAGUUUAGGUAGCUACCAAUCUUUGAAAUAAAGGUAACAAAAUUAAAACUGGCUGAUCUGUGAUGUUAUAAAUGUAGAGUUGCUCACUUUAAAUUUUAAAAUAAAAUAGUCUAUAAAUACAUACCUAGUUAUAGGCCACAAAUAAUUAUAAGUCUACUUCUAUGUGAUGUAACCUCGAGAUUCAUUUCUUAUAAGAGACUUUCAGUUGCAAUUGGGUGGAAAUGGAGUAAAAUCUUGAAUCUCGAUAAAAGCAUAUAAAUUACUUAACUAAAAGUUAUUGUUUAAUACACUGUAAGUGUCUAGGCAGUCCUUUGCCUAAAAAUUUUUGUUCUGUACAAAACCUGACCUUGAAACUUUAGAAGAAUAAAAUUUGUAAUCUGUGAUGAUUAUUAAUAUAAGUAGAAUAGGUUCACAUUUCAUACACCCGACGCCAUAAAACAUUUCAGUUCAAACGUGUAACAGUUUUUUAGCCAUCAUAUCAAUACUCGAUAAUUGAUUUUCAAGUACAGUGUACCUUGUAUUUUCUAUUUCAUUGUAACAACAUAUUUUUAAUGUUGCAGUAGAAGACAAAAACCAAGAAUUCAUUAGACUUAAGACAUUAUUAAUAAAAGAUGUAAUAAGAA